AUGAAUUCAAUGGAUAUUGCUGGUGAAAAUGUCAACGUAUCCGAUCUGGGAGCUGAGGCUGCUUUCUUGCAAGUGUUCACACCAAGGAAGGAUGAUAUAAGCACCCAUCUUGUGGUCUUGAGGACAAUUUUCAUCGCCGUUGACUCCGUCUUCAUAAUCCUCAGCAACUUAUUUUGUAUAUGGGUGAUAUACCGGACUCUCACUUUGUCCGACAGCGCGAAGGUGUUCAUGAUCGCCCUAGCCGCGGCGGAUUUCUCCGUGGGAGUUAUCGCGGCCUUUUCGGUCGUACCGGCCGCCACGGGCAACUGGUUCUGGGGAGAGGGACUGUGCCGUGCCACCGCGGCUCUCGUGACCAUCUUCUGCCUUGCGUCGGUGUCUUUCUUGGUGUGUCUGUCCGUGGACAGGAUGAUAGCUGUUAAGAAAUCACUCCAUUAUCCGAACAUCAUGACACGGAAAAAGGCUGUGGUGAUAACUGUGGGUGUGUGCGUUGCCUCGGUAGCAGCAAUCGGCGGGUCGUGGUUGGUUAGCCCGCCGGUACUCUACAGCAAUGUCUCAGCUACUUGUGCCUGGAAGUGGGACAACGACCACAUCAUCUAUGCGUGCGUAAUCUCACUGUGCUUUUUCAUACUACCGUCUUCGGUAUUAAUAGUGAUGUAUUGGAUCAUGUUUAAGAUAAGCCGGAAGCACACCCGGAUGAUAGCCAACCAGGCCCCGGUGCCGACGACGUCGAGGGACGUUGUGACGCAGCAGCCCCAACGCGCGGCUCCCCAGUUACCGCAAGGCGAGCACAAGGCCAUCAAAAUGUUCUGCGUGAUCACGAUAGCCUUCACGGUGGCUUGGUUGCCGUAUAGCGUGGCUAUCUUAUACAGUAGCAUCCAGAACGUCCCGGUCCCUCAAUGGCUGGGUUUUUUAGUGACCUGGGGAGCGUUGUCGAACAGUUGGUUCAAUGUCAUCAUCUAUGUUUGCAUGAACGGAGCUUUGAGGGAAACGGCCUGCCGACUUCUACGCAACCAGAAGUGUCGGCGUUUUGCCAGGUGCUGCAACAAAUCGAGAGCGGCGGUUGUCAACGUACCCCAGUCACACAACGACCAAGCAUACGACAUUACCUCCUGA